AUGAGUUACAGUGAAAUGGAAGAGAAACUUUCAUCUUACCUCGGCGAUCAAUACUCUGCGGACGAUUGGAAGGAUGCCAAAACCACACUUUUCUCUGGUGAAGACGAUGUCAGAGCAUGUUUGAGAAAUCUUGAGCUCUUAAGGAAGAGGUACAUACCCCGUCGACCCCGCCCUCGGAAGAAUAUGUAUCUCAACAUCGAAGCAAACGAGGGAGACAGCAAAGAGGAGGAAGAGGAAGAUGGUGACUAUGACACGCAGGAUCAGGUUGGCUCUUCUGCUCAAUCGCUGAAGGUUACGUCCAUUCCAGGACCGUCAGCCAAGGAUACAUUAUCCAAAAAGAUCGAUGAGAUCUACAACAACGCGACAAAGGUCUCCAGCUCCUCAAGAAGCCGCAUCUCUCACAGAGCUGCCUGGUCCCCCGCCACGCUCGAGAGUCGAAUGUAUCUUCUGCAUGUCCAUAGAACUGCUACGGUUUAUAUUGCUGAAUAUCUUCAUGGUAAAGGAUUCCCCGUGACCAUGUCGCCUUGGUUGCCGGGGCAGCUCUACGUGGUCUCAGAUAGCCCUAGAACGAUUGCAUCCUCCCUUCCGGCUUCACAUAAGUUCUCAGUAAAAGACUACUAUCGCAUCUCGGAUGAAGAACACGUCAUGGUGGAACACUCAAACAUCAAAUUUCCCAACCCCUCGUGGGUAAGAGUCAAAUCUGGCAUGUACAAGGGCGUCAUAGGCUAUGUCUUCGGCCCAGACCAGUCGGACCUUUUUGUCGAUGUCUUAGUCGUCGCUCGAGAGUUUCCCUAUCCAAGGCCUUCGGGAUGUGAAGCUCUGCUCGACCGUUCUCACCUUCCGAAGGACAAGGAAGUUACAGAUAUCAUUCACAAUGGCAAAAUUAUAGGAUGCUCAUACAAAGGACAGCGAUACUACAGGGGACUGCUCCUUAAGAAAUUCCACCGCUAUCAACUAGAAGUUGUUGCUUGCCCCCACGCUGAUGACAUUAGACUGCAUCUGCAGUCGGGGUUUGACACACCCUUUGUCAACAAAUCCAUCGUGGCGUUCUCCAAGCAGUUUCUGCGUGUGGGAGAUGUGGUUAGGAUCAUCACGGGAGUAGUUCCAUCAAAGAUUGGCACGGUCGUGUCGAUAGACCAUAGGUUUGGUGGCUCCGCAUGCAUCGAAUCAACCCUCGACAGACAUCGGGAAUAG